AUGAUCAAAUCAAAUCAUGGCGGAUCGCGGCGGAGGGGAGGCGUGUUAAUUUUCGGCGGGGGGUGCUCCCGCUGCACGGUGGGGGAGCUGUGCGCCUUCGAGAUUGCCGUCAGAUCGCCCGCGAAAUGGGUCGCCACUCGCGAGCGGCCAAGCCUGGGGGGGAGAAAGAGAGGCCGCCGGGCUCUGGUUCGAUCACGCGCGCGGGACGGAGAAUUAGGCUCGAUCGGGCUGAGCAGUAGCAGCAGCAGCAGCAGCGAUAGCUCGAGCGGGUCUGAUGGCUGCUUGACCGGCGCGCUGCGGUCAGCGAGUAGAAGCGCGUGGAGUGAUGACGCUGCCAGGAACCAAUCGAGGAGCAGAAGCGGCCGGUCCUUACGGGAGUCUGGUUCUGUAGGUAGUGGCAGCAGCAGUGGUAGCGGCGGCGGCAGCAGCAGCAGCAGCGCGCGGAGGGGUGUGGGUGGUUUGCGCGAGUCGCUGGUGGUGAGGCUGAUGGGGCCUGCGUUGGUUGCAGCGGAUGUGACUACAGAGGAGGGUGACGUCACGCGAUGGCGAGUGACGUACCGCGUGUGGGACGCUGGAAACUACAGCGUCCUGGUCCAAUCAGAGUGCGACACGUUGGACUUUGCUCCCGAUUACUUGGAGCGAGUCAACAGCACGGGAUCACAUGUCAUGGCUCAGUGGGUCCUCACCGUCCUCCCAUCCACCAAGUCGUUCACCGAACCAGUCACCGAACCAGCUGCUGCAGCCGAAUCUCAACCCAGCAGCAAGCUCUUUCAUGAGGCAACGGACGGCCCAGAUUCGCCCUGUGACCAUUCCAUCCACGGCCGCUGGCUCUUCACCCCCCAAAAGCAAGCCUACACGUGGCAGCUCUACCCAUGCGCGCACCCCCUCCCCCCCACCUCCCAAUGGGUCUACACCCUUCAAUCCCGAGGCAUUUCCGAGAUUAACUUUGUCGGAGAUUCCCACUUGCGAUUCCUCUUCCACCAUCUCUACUUCCUCCUCACUGGCAAGGCCAAUGCAUCUACUGUCAAGUUUCACGGAGAUAUCCGAUUGGUCGUGCCGCCCCCUAGCCCGGAGCUGCUGCCCCUGAAGCUGAAUUUCUAUUGGAUCGGAGGGAUCUACGUCGACGGGCCUUUUGGCUGCGUGUAA